CUUACGUUCCUGAAGCCGGGUCUCAGACAACUGGGAUGGCGAGUCAGCGAGUGUUCCCACUUUCCUGUGUGGUGCAGCAUUAUGCCUGGGGGAAGGUGGGCUCCAAAAGCGAAGUGGCAAGCCUGCUGGCUAACAGUGACCCACUGGCCCAGAUCUCAGAGGACAUGCCAUAUGCAGAGCUGUGGAUGGGGGCACACCCCCGGGGAGAUGCCAAGAUCCUUGACAACCGUAUUUCCCAGAAGACCUUAGGCGAGUGGAUUGCUGAAAACCAGGACUGCUUAGGGCCAAAGGUCAAAAACGCCUUUAAAGGGAACCUGCCCUUCCUCUUCAAAGUACUCUCAGUGCAAACAGCCCUGUCUGUCCAGGCACACCCUGACAAGGAGCUGGCAGAGAAGCUGCAUCUCCUGGCUCCAGAGCACUACCCUGAUGCCAACCACAAGCCAGAAAUGGCCAUUGCCCUCACCUCCUUCCAGGGCUUGUGUGGUUUCCGGCCAGUGGAGGAGAUUGUGACCUUUCUGAAGAAGGUGCCCGAGUUCCAGUCGCUGAUUGGAGAGACUGCCGCAGUACAGCUGAGGCAGAGCGUGGGUGGUGAUCCUGCGGCCAUGGCCUCUGCUGUGAAGAACUGCUUUUCCCAUCUGAUGAAGAGUGAGAAGAAGGUGGUGGUGGAACAGCUUAACCUGUUGGUGAAGCGGGUCUCCCAGCAAGUAUUUGACGGAAACAGCAUGGAGGACAUUCAUGGGAAGCUCCUGCUACAGCUGCACCAGCAGUACCCUGGUGACAUCGGAUGUUUCGCCAUCUACUUCCUGAACCUGCUUACCUUGAAGCCUGGGGAAGCCAUGUUUCUGGAGGCCAACAUGCCCCAUGCCUACCUGAGGGGAGACUGCGUGGAAUGCAUGGCGUGUUCCGACAAUACCGUCCGUGCCGGCCUGACACCCAAAUUCAUUGAUGUGCCAACCCUGUGUGAAAUGCUGAACUAUACACCUAGCCCCAGCGAGGACAGGCUGUUUGCCCCAGCACAGAGUCAAGAUGACCCCUAUCUCUGUAUCUUUGACCCCCCUGUGCCAGACUUCACGGUUAUGAAGAUGGAGGUCCCUGGCUCUGUGACUGAAUACAAAGUCUUGACACUAGACUCUGCCAGCAUCCUUCUGAUGGUCCAAGGGGCAGUGACAGCUAUCACACCCACAGUACAAGCAGAGAUCCCUCUGGAGCGUGGUGGGGUGCUCUUCAUUGGGGCCAACGAGAGUGUUUUACUGAAGCUUACUUUGCCCAAGGAUCUGCUGAUAUUCCGGGCCUGCUGUCUGCUGUAGAGACCAGUUCUUAGCCUCUCUGCCCAUCACCUAUACCCUGGCCAGUUCCACAUUUCAGAUCCAGCCCAAUCCCUGUCCCUGUUGUGCACUCUUUGAAUGUAUACUGGAUUAGAAAUAAUGAAUUUGGCAUUAGUGACUCCAGA